GUGGCAUCGACGAACUCUGCUGGUACCUCCUCAUCUGACAUCGUCAAAGGUCGACAGCACUCGCGCAGAAACCAGGCAAGUUCUGCUGAUCACCGCAGACGAAACCGAAUUAUGAAUUUCAACAACCGAACUCGUGGUGACAACGAUGAAGAUUUGUUGUCUUCAGUUGGUUCUUUUGACCUGCGAUCUCAAGAGGCAGCGAACGGCGAUGCGGAAUCAAAAAUUGAGGAAAGCGAUCGUUUACCGGACACAGCUGAUAAUUCAACAACCAGGCGUCCUAACAUUGUGGUCUUCAUCACUGAUGACCUCGAUGUUGAACUUGGCUCUUUGAACUACAUGCCUCGCCUGCAACGUCUGCUUCGGGAGGGCGGGGGGCUGUUCCCCCACUCGUACACCAGCACCCCCAUGUGCUGCCCCUCCCGCUCCUCCAUGCUCACCGGCAUGUACAUCCACAACCACGAGGUGUACACCAAUAACGACAACUGCUCCUCGACGCGCUGGCAAGAGACGCACGAACGUCGUACGUUUGCAACGUAUCUGCACGAUGCGGGCUACAACACAGGUUACUUCGGGAAGUACCUGAACAAGUACAAGGGGCCGUACACCCCGCCGGGGUGGCGAGACUGGCUGGGGUUGCGUCUCAACUCUCGCUACUACAACUACACCGUCAUGUGCAACACGCGACGUGUGCGACAUGGCGACUCUUACCCCAGGGAUUACUUCCCUCACGUGAUCACCAACGAGGGCAUCAGGUUCAUGAGGGAAAACAUGGCGCCUGCUCCCCCAGGACCGCCCCCCAUGCUUAUGGUCCUCAGUUACCCCGCCCCUCACGGCCCUGAGGACGCCGCUCCUGAGCACUCAACCCUCUUCUUCAACGCCACCGACCAUCACACAGUUUCGUACGACUACGCCCCUAACCCCGACAAGCAGUGGAUCCUGCAGUACACCGGCCGCAUGUCGCCCAUCAAACUCAAGUUUACCAACCUGCUCAUGACCAAACGUCUGCAGACCGACCUAUUUGUAAUACCUGAUCGCAUAUGGCAGAUUAUAUCAGAGCUGGGGCGGCUAGGGCAGCUGGAGAACACUUACAUAUUCUUCACGUCGGACCACGGCUAUCAUCUCGGCCAGUUCGGCCUCAUUAAGGGCAAGAGCAUGCCUUUUGAGUUCGAUAUUAAGGUGCCCUUAUUCGUGCGUGGCCCUGGCAUCGCUCCACGCACAGAGUACCCUCACAUCGCCCUCAACAUCGACCUGGCGCCCACGUUCCUGGACAUCGGAGGGGUCGCCGCCCCCCGCCACAUGGACGGACGCUCCCUCCUGCCGCUGCUGCGUGGGGGGCGCCCGCCCCUCCCACGCUGGCGGGACUCAUUCCUGGUCGAGAGCUCGGGCCGUCACCGCGAUGAAGAGGUCCUGGAAAUGAAGGCCCAAAAGCGCUACCAACAAAUCAACAGACUGUUGGACCGCGAGGCGCGUAUCAACAGCACGCGAUUAUCAACACGGCACAAGUCCCCUUCUUUGUCCCCGACUUUGUCCCCUUCCUCCAUAUCUUCUUACUCUAUCCCCCAACUUUUAUCCAAUACUAACUCCUCGAGCUUCUCUCCUCCCGACUUUUCCUCCAAUUUCUCGGGUUCAUUUUCACCCGUAUCACCCGCUGAGUGGGACGUCUCUGACCCCGACAUUUCUAUGGGUGAACUAGACUCCCCAGAGGAGCCUUUUGCUCCCCCAGAGGGGUCACUAGUGCCCCUGUACACGAGCAAGCACGAGCACCUGGAGGUGGUGUGCCGUAACCCUGACCUGCGGGCGCCCUGCGUCCCUGGCAAGAAAUGGCGCUGUCACCACGACGGCCGCAGAUGGCGCCUGAAGAAGUGUCGUACGCACGUACAGUUUCGACGCACGAACUGCGUGUGCGGGCCAGAGCUGGGCAUGGGAUACCUCGUACGUCUGGACUCCCAGGAGCGACGGCGGCAGCGAAACUUCCUCAGGCGGCAUGUGUCUAGAAACAUGAGUGAGCUCAGCCCGCGCUUCUUGAAGGCGUUCGUUGACGUUGACAGCCGCGAGGUGGCCCUGGAGAACCUCCUGCAGCAGGAGGCUAGGCGCAGGAGCAGAGUCUCACGGAGCGUUCUGCCUGCCGGGGACCAUAACGAUGACGAGGACUUGGACUUGGACGGUGUCCUCAACGAACCAACUGAUGGCCUCACCGACGAGGACAUAUUCGACGACGACGGCGAUGUCCUCACAGACGAGGAGGAGGCGGUGUCAGGAGUGGUGCUCUCAGAAGAGGAGGUCCGCACAGGGAGUCCUGUGAGGUCGCAGGACUCGGUGCUGGCUUAUAUCGAGGAGGAGGAGCUCAAGGAUAUUGAUCGUCAAAUACACGACCUCUUCCAUCAGAUACAUGACCUCAAGGACGCGAACGACAACGGCAGCGUCGCGACUACUUCCACUCAGGAUACGCUCCGUCCCACGGAGAUGUACAGCCCAUCGGAUACGUACACUACGACGGAAAUGUACCACACAGCCCUAGGGUACCACACAACAGAGAGGCACCACACGACGGAGAGGCACCACAUGACAGGGAGGCACCACACAACACUAGGGUACCACACGACCCUGGCUUACCGCCCGCUGUACAACACGUCGCAGGUUUACCACAGCCGCGACGAGUGGCAGAGCAGCAAACACGCCAUCGACGAAGAGAUCCAGAGACUGGCUCAGCAAAUGAAAGUUCUCAAGAGCAUCAGACAACACCUGCGAGAGGCCAGACCUCGGGCUGGUCAACGCCAUGACAACGCUGCAGAUUUUGGCAGAAAUUCAAUUUCUGAUACCAAUGGCAAACAAAAUGAAUUUAAUGGCGGUAACUUCAAUGAAUUAAAUGGCAACUUCAAUGAAUUUAAUGGCAACUACAAUGAAUUUAAUGGCAACUUCAAUGUUCUUGGUGGUAACAACUUCGAAUUGAAUAACGAGUCGAGUAAAGUUCGCAGGAGAGGACAUGGAGGAAGUCGAAGGAAUUUCUUGCAAGCGCCCACCGUGCCAGAGUCUGGAUCCGGUAUCAGUUCCGGUAUCGGACCCAGUACUAAUCCCGGUAUCGGACCUGGCAUCAGUCACGGUAGCAACAACCGCAUACACGAAGAGCAUUAUAGAAUCGUGCUGCGUGGUGACGAUGAGGAAGGUGGUGGUGAAUAUUUUGGUGCUGCUGAAGAUGAUGAUGAUGAUGGUGGUGAUGAUGGUGAUGGUGGGGAGGUUAUUGAUGACCUCAGCUUGGAGGCAGUUAAUCGCAGUGUGGUUGACCCCAAUCAUUUUACAUAUACAGGGGGCUACACCGGCAACAAGGGCAGCAGAGUGGCCGUGUACGUCCCCGGCAGGCGUUCUGUCUGCUGGUGCAACAAGAAAGCGGCGCUACAACAUCACCAGCAGGAGCAGAAGCAGCGACGUAUCGCUGAACGUCAACGUCUACGGGAGCUAAGGACAGCUCGACGUCAGGCACGUCGCGAUAAGAAACGUAAACAACGUCGCCAGCUCAAGGAACGUCCUUGUAACCUCAGCCGCCAGAACUGUUAUCUUCACGACAACAACCACUGGAAAACUGCGCCUUUUUGGGACAGUGGACCGUUCUGUGCGUGUCUGAACUCAGCGAACAACACGUACUGGUGCGUGCGCACCAUCAACGCCACGCACAACACGCUUUAUUGCGAGUUCAUCACCGGCCUCAUCACCUACUAUGACCUCAACAUCGGUGAGUGCCUCAUUACCUACUAUGACCUCAACAUCGGUGAGUGCCUCAUCACCUACUAUGACCUCAACAUCGGUGAGUGCCUCAUCACCUACUAUGACCUCAAUAUCGGUGAGUACGUCAUCACCUACUAUGAUCUCAACAUCGGGCCAAACGAGUCUAUAAACACUAACCACGAAUUCUUCAGGGAUAUGGGCCGCGGUCUCUGCAGGAUAUGGGACACGGUCUCUGCAGGAUUAGACCACGAAUUCUUCAGGGAUAUGGGCUGCGGUCUCUGCAGGAUAUGGGACACGGUCUCUGCAGGAUUAGACCACGAAUUUUUCGGGACUGAUUGGGCCUCUGGAUAUUCAUGGUUGGGCUACGGGCGUUUCAGACCCAACGCUCCUGAGACCUCACUUCUGACAGCCUUUUAUUGA